CAGUCGUGCCAGAGACCCUGCCUUACACACACGUUUGGAACUUUACAUAAUGGCAAAUCCCAAGUCGAGUGCUAGUAACAAGUCCAAGGGCAAAGGUAACCACAACCGUCAGUCGCAGCAGCAUUCGCAGCAGCAACAGCAGGUUGACCCUUCAAAGCAAUCGCAGUUAACACCUGCACCUGUGGCCACCACUGGAUUGGAAUCGCCCACUGCCACGCCCCUGGCUACGCAUCCCUCGGAGGACACUCUGGCCUUGGCGGCCGCCGUCGCCGCCUCGAUUCCAGCCGCUCCCCUGACCCGACCCGCUCCCGAACGUCGCCCUUCUACGCCAACGGUGGUGACCACGACUAGCGACAAUCCGCCAGAGACCAGCGCCGCCGAAAAUGAGCCCACCUCACGAACGGCGUCAGCGGCAGUCACGCCAUCUGAGAAUAGACGGGGGCUAUUCCAGCGGUUUUUUGGUUGGAGCUCGUAAUGCCUUUUGCUAACAAAAUUUUUCUGGAAACCUUAAUUUUGGUCAACAUUUUACUGUUCAAAUUCUUUAAGCGAUAAGUAAAAACCUAUUUAACUG